GGAAUUUGGCGCCAAAUGCAGCAAGUGUUCGCGCAACAUACAGUCUAGCGACUGGGUGCGGCGAGCUAAGAGUCACGUCUACCACCUCGCCUGCUUCGCGUGCGAUAGCUGCAAGCGACAGCUGAGUACGGGCGAGGAGUUCGCGCUGCAGGACGACAAGGUGCUCUGUAAGACUCACUAUCAGGAGUCGAUGGACGCGGGAAGCCUCGACAAGAGCCCGGGCAGCGCCGACAGCGGCGGCAAGUCGAAGACGAAGCGCGUUCGGACGACGUUUACCGACGAACAGCUGCAGGUGCUGCAAGCCAACUUCUCCCUAGACUCGAACCCUGAUGGCCAGGACCUGGAGCGCAUCGCCCAGAUCACGGGCCUCAGCAAGCGGGUGACCCAGGUGUGGUUCCAGAACUCCCGCGCCAGACAGAAGAAACAUCAACAGGGACAUAUAGGUGCGAGACAACAACAACAACAGCAGCAGCAGCAGCUGAGCCUUAGCGGCGGGUCGUCCCCCACAGGUGUUCUGACGAGCCUAUCUAGCAUGUCUCCUAACAUGACUCCGCCACACUGCAUGACGCCUGGCAUGGGCAACGGAAUGCAGCAGCACUCUCCCACAGGUCCGAAUCCCCGUGUGACUAGCAUGCGGUAUGCUCCUAACUGGCGAUGUGCGGAGUCACAGCGAUGA